AAGACCAAUCGGGCUAUCGGCAGCUUUGAUAUAAAAUGCUCAGUGAAUACCUGACCUGUGGCAGGCAUAUCCCAAAAGCAUUGGUUGGUGAUCGUCUUCGAAUUGCAAGGGAAUUACAGCUGAGUUUAGGUAUGCAAACAAACGUGUCAUGUGACCGAGUCAGGUGAUAAGAGCUUCAGUGACGUGUUGAAAGGGGUCCUGCAGUCAUUUAAGUACACGUCGUGAAUAUAAUCAACAAGAAAUGCCAGAAGUAAACAAAUAAAAUCAAAUAAAAACCGAUUUAAACGCACCAGUAGACGAUAACAAAAAAAGUAAUUUACAUUUUGUGUUUAAGUUUGGUUGUUUGCAAAGGCGUGGCGGGCAUCAACAACACCGAUUCAAGGUUCGUUUAAACUGAGACCCGUGACUGAAGCCUGCCUGCUGCUAUAGUAUUAUUAUAGCGACAUGCUUUUCAGCACGGUAAAUGCUUCUUGUACAAGAACAGCUACUAAACAUAGAAUCCCGUGUGAUACCACAGUGUGACGAUGGAAUCUGUCCAGAUUAAAGAGGAGCUCCCUGAACUUGAACUGGUCCCCAUUAGCGAGUUCAUGGCUUCCCUCCCCAUUAAACAGGAGCUCUGUGAGAUGCAAUAUGACAGCAGCCAGCCAGAGGUCUCUGAGAUUAAAGCUGAGCACAAUGAAUUGGAGAUCCCCCAGACAGAAGAACCCCUUCCUGUUAAACAAGAAGAGGUGCUGGAAACUGUCCGUAUUAAACAGGAGCCCCCUGAAGUUGAGUUUGACCACAUGGAACCAGUGAAGGAAGAAUCAGAGGACUUCAAACCAAACAUCCCUGAGCUGGAGCCUGUACGCCUGCGGGAGUGUAGGGUGGUGCUGGAGAGAAUCUGCGUGAGAGAGCAAGGCGCUGGAGAGGAAGGCUCUCCCAACAGCAUGCAAAGAGGUGGAAAGGAAGACAGGCAUUCAUAUUCAAAACACAGUCUAGCAGGUUCCAGUCCAGCAGCUAAAGCGAGGGCGGGCAGUGGAGAAUAUCCUGACUGUGGGAAAGGUUUCACCCAGGUACAUGUUAACACACACCAGAGAAUUCACACAGCAGGGAAAAUGUAUCAGUGCACUCACUGUGGGAAGAGUUUCAAUCAGUCUACAAGACUUGAAAGACACCAGCAAACUCACACAGGAGAGAAACCGUAUUGCUGCUCUAAAUGUGGGAAGAGUUUCAGCCAAUCGGCACACCUUGAGAGACACCAGCUAAUUCACACAGGAGAGAAACCGUAUCACUGCUGUGAAUGUGGAAAGAGUUUCAGUCAGUCUGGAGAUCUGAAAGCACACCAGCUAAUUCACACAGGAGAGAAACCAUAUUGCUGCACUGAAUGUGGAAAGUGCUUCAGAAAGUUAGGAAACCUGAAAACACACCAGCUAAUUCACGCAGGAGAGAAACCGUAUCGCUGCUCUGACUGUGGGAAGAGUUUCUGUGAUUCAGGACACCUGAAAAAACACCAGCGAAUUCACACAGGAGAGAAACCGUAUUACUGCUCGGACUGUGGGAACAGCUUCACUAGAAAAGACAGCCUAGAAAAACACCAGCGAAUUCACACAGGAGAGAAACCGUAUUGCUGCUCUGACUGUGGGAAGAAUUUCAGUAGAAAAUACAGCCUGAAAAUACACCAGCGAAUUCACACGUGAUAGAAACCGUAUCACUGCUCUGACUGGUAGAGUUUCUGCAUUAAACACACCAGUGAAUUCGGAGAGGAGAGAAACCUUAAAGACCAAGUUCAAUUGGUCUUUUCACUCAUUAGGAAAAAAAUGUUAACCUUGCAUUAUGAAUCCUUGCAGGACUCUAAAUUGAAACCUAAAAGAGCAAGGCCAAAAUGGCCUUUGGUUCAAUCAAUUUGUAGAGGCACCACGGCCACUUAACUUAAGUCAAGGCCAAAUUUCAAGUAUCGUUUUAUAAAGUAGCACAUUAUAAAAUAUCACAUUACAGAAUAUCAAUACAGAUAAGAGCAGUUAUGAAAGUACAAUAAGAUAACAUUUAAGAGCAAAAUAAAGAAUGCAGUAAAGUAUAAGUAAGAGGGAGUUUGACUAGGAGCAGUUAAAACUUAUAGUAAAAAAGUCUAAUCUUACACACACCUGGGUGUUGCGAGGCACGAGGCAAUAGGCUGAGUGUCGCUUAUUGUGCUUAUAAAACUACUGUUUUAUAAAAAUAAAAUAACAUUUCAGCUUUAAAUUAAGCUGUAUAUAAUGUAUCAUUCAGCCAGUGCGCAAUAGAUCCUAUACAUAGUCUCUAGAAGCUACAAAUUGUAACUGCUUAUUUACUGUCUUAUAUACUUCGGCGCCUCCUCAAGACACAGCUGUUCAGACAGCCUCUGUAAACCUCACAACUCUCGACUGGACUAUAUGGCACCCAACUGUAUCAGUACUGGCAUCAUCUUGUACUUAACAGCUGCACACUUUACUGUAUUCUACUACUGCUCUUAAUCAAUGUAACAACUGUAAUUUACCCUGGAUAAGGGUGUCUGCUAAUAAAAUAAUUUAAAGUCACUGUUUCCUUGCACUCUCUGCACGUUUAUUUUGAAUUCCUUCAAACGCGCUGCCUGCGGCUGUUCUCAACAUUAGUUUAACCCAUGACUUCUUCAGAACCUCCCAGACGGUCAGUGAGGCAGGCAUGCAGAAUAUCACAUCGGUCAACCUGAACAAAACUGUUCACUGCAUUAUAAUACACACUGGUAUCUACAAUUACUGUAACGUGUUUGACCUUUUACACCAUAUUCUUGAAAAUUAGAACCUCGGGUUUUUGUUUUGUUUGUUUGUUUUUUGUCAUACGGUGUCCCUUCGCUGUUAAGAUCCAACACACCGAUCUGCCCCCUGAUUUUAGAUUCUGCAGUGCUGCACUACAGAACCUAUCGCCGUGCCCAAAGAGACAGAGAUUUUGAGAUUGUAAAGAAAAUAAAUCCACGAAAUUGCCCCUAGCCUUGCGUCGACCCAGGGGACUUUUUCAACCUGAAAAAAGAAACAAGGUCUAGGGGUCACAAAUGGAGAUUAGAUAAAGGGGCAUUCAGAACAGAAAAUAGGCACUUUUUUACACAGAGAAUUGCCAAAUCAUCAUAGUGUGAUUGCUUCCAGGGAGUCCUUGUAAGGGCUGUCCAUUAACUCUGUUUUGUUACAUUGGUGUUAGCAUUGGGAUGAAAAGAAAUAAGUAAUCCAGCUUUGAGCGGGAGCAGAUAGAAGAUGGAGAGGGACCAGUGGCUGUGAUACGACCCGGUGGGAUGGCGGACUGGAGGAUCUCCUCGGUGGCCUGGAGGAUCAAGGCUGGUGCCUUGCCUGCGGGGAGUUCGGGCACCAAGUGGCGUGCUGCCCCGUCCAGGAGGGAGAGGACCUACUGCCUGCCCGAAAACGAAAGUGGAGGAGGGGCGGCUGUUCGUGGAGGUUAACGAGGGAUCCUGGACCAUCUCCAGUGUGUGAGAUGGAAGACCCGCCGCCCGAGAGAGCACCUCCGCUAUCUGCCUUGUUAAGAGAGCCACCACUGGAACCGCCAGUCCUUUUAAGGGCUCCUGCAAGGGGUGCGAGCAAGGGGCAGGAGCAGAGAGAACUGCUGCCGAAGAGCCCAGAUCUGCCGUCGCCUGAGGAAGAACCCCUGUUGCCUGCGAGGGAGCCCCUGAUACUGGGGUGCCGAGAGUCACUCAGGCCAGAGGAGGAAAGCAGACUGCUUUCCGCUCAGCACGGCCCACCGGCCCACCCACCAAAGCCCUUAGAGGGAAAAUUGGACAUGCGGGGAGGGGGUCUGUGUUUCAGGGGUGGAGGUUGCCGAUCACGGUCAUAUGCUGCAUGGGGCCCUGUGAACUUUUUGGGGGCAAAAAGGCUAAGGUGGGGGUAAUGUAGCGAACCGUGUAUUAUGUUUGUGUACUGUAUUCCCUCUUGUUUCCACUGUGUGUUUUUAAUACUGCUGUAUUGUGUUCCCCCCCUCUUUAUCACCUGUAGUUCGCUCUGUCCCUGUGGCUGUGCGAGCUAUCCUGCAUGCAUGUGUGCUCUGGCCCCUGUCAUUGGCUGUUGGUUGUGUGUGCCCAUUGGUCCUAGUGUGCGGCUGGGGACCAAUAGGAUAGCUGUUCGUUCCGACACUCGAUUAGCAUAAAGGGGCGGAGCUAAGUUAUAAAAGUGUUGGAUGCUCAUGGUGGUCGUUCCAGGGCAAGCAGCAAGAGCAAUGGUCUGUGUAGGGUGCUAAGAGAUAUCCUAAAUAAAGCUUUGAACCUAAAAGCAGCAUGUCUCCUUCUGUUCUGCCUAUUGCGUGAAACGCUACAAUACAAAAUGCUCUGGGUGAACUGAAAAAAAUGUUUUCUUAUGAA